AAGAAACUAACUGGUGGCCGCAAUGAAGAGUCAUCUCCUAGUGACGCAGUCAAGCAAGGAGUUCCCAGUGACGAAGAUUUAGAGUGGCUUUCGCACAAACUCGAAAAUUGGGAGGAACUCGGGCGUCGUCUCGGAAUUGACGAUGCAACAUUAACAGCGUUUGACGAUGACUAUAAGAAAAAGCGUAAAAAAAUCUACAAAAUGUUACGACAUUGGAAAAAGAAGGAUGGCUCAGCUGCAACGUACAAGGUCUUACAUGAUGCAUUGUGUCAUGAAUUUGUUAAGCGCACAGAUUUAGCUGAGGAACUUUGCCGUCAACAACAUGAAUGACUGUUACUUUGUUGACUCAUAGAUAGCUUUUAUUUCUAUUUUUACUGAUUAUUCCACUGUCAAAUGAACAUGUAUCUCCAAUACGGCUACACUAUUACCAAGUGAAGUACUAAAUCAAUUAUCUUCCUUUUCCUCAUGGGAUCGUUUUUCUGUCUAUUAUACACAGGUAUCUUUCUAUGUUUUGAAUGAAAAACGUCAAGUGAUAAAGUAUAUUGCUAGUUAUAACCCACCCAUCACUUUUCGUGCAACUCUAUUGGUUACUUUACGACACGUGGUACAUCGGGUAGUUUUAACAAAAUAACCACCAUUUACGUUCAUAUUUGUCCCCCGAUUAUUUCCGUCGAAAAGAAACAAAGUCAGCGGGAAAAAGCCGAUUUAGAGUUUCACUUUUUUAUCUUUAUUACUGAACAUUUUGUAGAGUUCACUGGUAGUGAUAUUAAAAAGCUGAUCUUAAAUGCUGUUCCAGAAAGUAAAAAAAAGUCAACAAAAUUUUUGCUGUCAACGCGCGAUACGAAAAUUAAUGGGAGGGUUGUGAAUUAAAUAAACCCACUUCUGGUAUGCUGGUAUUUCAGGUAAUAAUUUCCUUGAGAGAGAGAUUGUCUUGAAAUUUUUACCGUUCGCCCUCGAAGCUUCGCUUGUCAACCAAAAAAACUCCAUUUUCGGACAUUAGCUCAUUCGCAGACGUGAUCAGCCGAGAUACUAGUCGCCAGAAGAGGUUUACGUACCAAACAUUCGCUGAGUUGCUCUAUCAAUACCAUUGCAGUGUUGUCGAAGGCAUACGGCAUGUUACGCAUUUGCAUCACAAGUGAUAUCUAUACGUAAUGCACACGCAUUCUUCCUUCAAUUGUUGGUUUGACGCAGCACUGUAUUAGAAAUUUGACGCGCUUUUUUCCUUCUUAAUCUGUAAAAGUAAUCACAUGAUUUCGAGUGUAAUUUGGAAUAUAUAAGCACGAGGGAAUUUUUUCAUAGACUAACAAAAUUACAUUGGAUUACCUGAAAACUGUAUUUAUCUUAACCAAUCAGAACUGAGUUAUUUUUUUCAUGUAUCUUGUGAUUCGAUCAAGAAAUUGAGAAAAAUGUCGAGUUGAGUCACUUUUUGUCAAAGAAUUUGUGUAAUCUCGAGGAAAAGACUCCGUAAAUGGCUAGGCAACUAAAGGUUCCCUUACACUCGAUUAUGCUUGGCAAAAGGCAAAGUUCUUGAAACAGUCAGCUUGCCUGAUAAUAAUAUGCAUUUGAUAUUGGAAGUUCAUCUUUGGUUCAUUGCCUACGAUAAUUUACGGUGUAGAAUAUUUGUCAACGAAACGUUUCCGUAAAAAUAAAUGAAAGUUUUGACAUAACUAA